AUGUCUGUUGACAAGAUCAAGCCCUUCCACGACUCUCGGGUGCAACUGCGUUCAGCAGUACUCAAUGGCCUGACGUACGGCUACCUGUACUCUGAGCCUCCUCCGUCCGUCGCUCGGCGAGGAACAGUGGUUCUCGUUCAUGGAUUCCCGGACCUUUCGUUCGGAUGGAGAUAUCAGAUUCCGUUCUUGACGUCGCUCGGUCUCACGGUCAUUGCACCAGAUUGCGUGGGAUAUGGGCGGACGGACUCCCCUCCCCAUAAGUUGAGGGACUAUGGAUACAAGCGCGCUGCCGACGACCUGGCCACGCUGUGCGGACAACUUGGUCUGGCACAAAUCGCGCUGGGCGGCCACGACUGGGGCUCAGCCGUUGCGUGGCGCAUGACCCAGUACUAUCCCAAGCUUGUCAAAGCCCUCUUCAUCUUCGGCGCUCCUUAUUUUCCACCAUUUUCCCGCUUCGAACCCCUAGCAAACAUCAUCCGGAAUCACAUGCCGCACCUAGCGUACCAAGCACAGCUUGCUUCCGGCGAAGUCGAAGACAGGGUGCAAUCUCGCUCCGAGAUCCGCUUGUUUCUCAACGCCGUCUUCGGAGCACUCGACACCGCCAGACCCGAGCGUCUCGCCGGAUUCGACGUCCAUUCAGGCGCCGAUCUCGACCUGAUUCUGUCUGGCGCCAUCCCUACUAACGACCUGCUCAGCAGUGACGAACUCGACUUCUACGCCUCAGAAUUCUCCCGCAACGGCCUCACCGGUCCUGUGAACUGGUACCGCACGCGCCAAGUCAACUGGGAGGACGAAUACGCCCACUUUUUCGACAACGGUAACGAUCUCAAACCAUUAAAUCUGCGCUUCGGUCCUGAUCAUGAGGUUUUGUUCGUCCAAGCCACGCGUGACCCGGCCAUCACUGACGAUAUGGUCGGCCGUAUGCUUCCCAAGGUCGAGAAGUUGACACACCGCGAGAUUGAGGCCGGGCAUUGGGUUCUCUGGCAGAAGCCGGCGGAAGCCAAUCACAUGCUGGGGCAGUGGUUGGAGGACAAGGUCUUCAAACAGGGUCGUCUCUCUAGCAGACUGUAG